CCUGCGCGUCCGUGUGUCUCACAUUCCAGGACUCACGUGUUUUCUGUGUAUAAAAGGGUCCCUGUCUCUCGCCACCAUGUCUAGUGUAUCACCCGACAAACGGAGGAAAAUGGAGACAGCGCUGCACCAGCUGAAGAAGUACACCGUGGUUGUCGCGGACACCGGAGAUUUCAACGCCAUUGAUGAGUACAAACCACAAGAUGCCACCACCAAUCCGUCUCUCAUCCUGGCUGCUUCCAAGAUGCCAGCUUACCAGCACCUUGUGGACCAGGCCAUUAAAUAUGGUAUCGCCAAAGGCGGUGCUGAGGAGGAGCAGGUGACCAACAUCAUGGACAAGCUGUUUGUGAAUUUUGGCCAAGAGAUCCUCAAGAAGAUCCCAGGCAGGGUCUCCACUGAGGUGGAUGCAAGGCUGUCUUUUGAUAAAGAUGAAAUGGUUGCCAGGGCCCUGAGGCUCAUCGCGUUGUAUGAGGAAUCGGGCAUCAGCAAGGAACGCAUUCUUAUCAAGCUGUCAUCGACAUGGGAAGGCAUCCAGGCUGGCAAGGAGCUAGAAGAGAAACAUGGUGUCCAUUGCAACAUGACCCUGCUGUUCUCCUUUGCUCAGGCUGUGGCCUGUGCAGAAGCCAAAAUCACCCUCAUUUCUCCCUUUGUGGGACGCAUCCUCGACUGGCACAAGGAGAAUACAGACCGCAAAAGUUAUGAGCCACAUGAGGACCCAGGUGUGAUUAGUGUGACCAAGAUCUACAACUACUACAAGAAGUUUGACUACAGCACAGUAGUGAUGGGGGCCUCCUUCAGAAACACAGGGGAGGUGAAGGCCCUGGCUGGCUGUGACCUGCUCACCAUCUCCCCUGCCCUGCUGGGAGAGCUCAACCAGGACCACGCCUCUGUCACACAAAUGCUUAAUUUGGAGAAAGCAAAGGCAUGUGACCUGGAGAAAUUGCACCUAGACGAGAAGACCUUCCGUUGGCAGCACAACGAGGACCGCAUGGCUGUUGAAAAACUGUCUGAUGGCAUCCGCAAGUUUGCUGCUGACGCUGUCAAACUGGAGACAGUGAUCAAGGAGAAAAUGCUUAAUGUGAAGAACGGCCAGUAGUGGGGGGUGAAGCAUCGCUCAGCCCAUUGACUGGAGCUGUGACGUGUCCAGAGAAUGACGCCGUCUGCUUCGACCGAAGGGAAUGAGUUCAAGACAUCAGGGGAACCUUUCUGCUUUGAUCCCACCACCCUCAAAAUGUUUUCCCCACUAAAUGGAGACUGCUAAAGCUGCGAUUGACCGAUAUACUUUCCUCUUGUAUUCUGGUCAUGGAUAAUGUAAAUGGUCAAUGUUCUGGUUGAGAGAUAUUGUCUGACUUGAGAUUUUGGUAAGAUGAAAAGGAGAAUAAGUCAUUGACAAAGUAGUUUCUUAAUCAGACAGGGCCUUGUGUUGUUUUGAUAGUGUUAGACGAUAAACUAGGGGACCAUGUGACUCUUGACAGGAAAGGACCAACGCCGAGUUGAAGAUCAAGAUUAUUUGAGUAGAGUUGAUGGGGAGACUUAGAAAUACAUCAUUCCUAUUUUAAAAACUUUUGCUGUUUCACUAAUUAAACUUUUCCUUGGUGAAAA